AUGGCUUCCAUCCAAGAUUACCAUGUGGCAACGGGAUUAGACGAGCCAAGGUACCCAGAGCCAGUGGCCUUGGCGGAAAGAAGAUCAAGAGUCAGCAGCGACUCUUCACGACACUCGCGGACAUCGAGCUUCUCAUGGUUUCGGCUUAGCGCGGACGGUCGUCCUUGGGGGCCGGUUGACGAGCUCAGUCUCUACAUGGGCACCGCGUUCAGCAGCAUACCCGACGACGAUAAGUCGACCCGAUCGCCUUACUUCGCCCCUCCAGCUAGCAACUGUUCAACAGUGUCGGAGAAGGAUCCGUCAUACGUGGUUGACUGGAAGAAGCCGCAGGACACCGAAGACCCGAUGCGUUGGUCGAUGAGGUCAAGCUGGGUGCAGAUUCUGCUUUCUGUGCUGUCUUGUACAGCCUUGGCGUCUCGCUCGCCUUUCAUUUCCUCUGCGGAAGUGCCGGCUCCGCUCCGCUCCCCAAGGGGGGCAGUACAAAUUGCCGAUGUCGCACAUCCGGCUUCGCGAGGUCGCGCCGUGGCUGUCUACUCCAUCGCCCUACUGCUGGGUCCCAUCCUGGGACCCGCAUCGGGCGGGUUACUAGCCGAGUACUUGGGUUCGCGUUGGAUAUUCUGGACGCUGUGCAUCAUGGCAGGCACCCUCACUUUAGACGACGGCAUCUCGCCAAUGCCCAUGAUUUCAGUCGGGUUGCUCCUAUAUGUGUGGCCGGCGGAGAAAGCCAUCUUUUGGUUGGUUCCAAUGAUUGGCACCGCCGUCAUUGGCAUUGGCAUCAUUUUUGUGUUUAUUCCUCGCGACCUCGUCGAUGCGUUCAGGCCACAUGCCACCUCCGCACUCGCUGCUUCCACCAUUUUCUGUAGUGUGUUUGGAGCUUUCUUACCCCUCGCCAGCUCUCCCAUGUACUCUGGUCAGGGCCUGGGGUGGGGAUACUCAAUUCUUGUUGCGCUUGCUGUUAUUAUGGCACCGAUACCCUGA